UGUGCUGACUUCUCUAUGGUUGCCCUCACUUUCCCCGCCUCAGGCCUCAGGUUGCCCUUAGCCUGCCGCCAUGCUGCCUUUCUCAUCCGGGUCUCGCGGGUGCGCAAGCGUAGUGCGGCCGAGCGGCAACGAGCGGGGUGGCCCUCAGGAGAAGUUCUCCGCUCUGCGGCCGCGAUAAAGAUGGCGGCGGAAGGGCCCGAGGCACCGGCCAGUCCCAGGGACGAGGGGCUCCCGGGGGUGGAGGCUGCUCUAGGCCCUGACCAAGAUGUGCUUCCUAAGCCAGCAAGCAACGGUGCCCCAAACCCAGAUGAGGCCAUGCCAGCGCAAGAAUGCAACGGGGUUAGCAUGGAAGCCAAUGCUCCGGCCCUGAGACCUGAGCCUGCCAAGGAGGAAGCCCCUCAGCCCUCUGCUCCCGAUGUGGUAAUGCAUGUGGCAAUCAACCCACCCAUGGAGGAGCUCUCCAUCACAUAUCCUCUGGAGUUUGAGCGGUACUGGAGGGCGGCUCAAGAGAACCCGCUUGACUUCACGGCAUGGACUGAACUGCUGCAGUAUGUGGAGCAAGAGAAUCACAUCUAUGCAGCCCGCAAAGCCUUUGACAGCUUCUUUCUGCGGUAUCCUUACUGCUACGGCUACUGGAAGAAGUAUGCGGACAUGGAACGGCGCUUUGACUUCAUCAAGGAGACAGAGGAGGUUUUCCAGCGAGGUCUGCAGUCUAUCCCACUCAGCAUGGACUUGUGGAUCCAUUACAUCUCCUUCCUGCAGUCCACCUUGGAUAUGAACCUUCCAGAUUCAGCUCAGAAGAUCUGUGGUACCUUUGAGUCCGCUGUGGCUGCUGCAGGGGUGGAUUUCCGCUCGGACAAACUUUGGGAGAUGUACGUGGACUGGCAGAGGGAGCAGGGGGACCUGAAGGCCGCUACUUCCAUCUACGACAGAGUGCUUGCCACUCCAACCCAGCUGUACAGCCACCACUGGGAAAAGUUCAAGGAACAUGUGACCAGCCAUUAUCCCAGAGAGAUUUUGUCCACAGAGGAGCUGCUGUGGCUGCAGUCAAAGAUGGCCUCCGAGACUGUGGCCAAGGCUACUGAGAUGGAGGCCGAGGAGGCUCCCCCGGGGGAGGAUGUGCCUCUGAAGACGGAGGCCAAGCAGGAGGCCGGAGAAGGAAGCCAAAUGUUGGGAUCUCUGGACCAGGACAGGAUCCGGGAACUUGUGAUUUCUCUUCGCCAACAAAUCUACACCCAGAAUGAGAACGAAGUCAGCAAGCGCUGGAAUUUUGAGGAAGGGAUCAAGAGGCCUUACUUCCAUGUCAAGCCGCUAGAGCGAGCGCAGCUGCGGAACUGGCGGGACUACCUGGAUUUUGAGAUUGCCAGUGGCUCACACGAACGCACCAUCGUGCUUUUUGAGCGCUGCGUCAUUGCCUGCGCCCUCUAUGAAGAGUUCUGGAUCAAGUAUACAAGAUAUCUCGAGAGCCACAGUGUAGCUGGGUCCAGAAAUGUGUUUCAGCGUGCUUGCUGCUACCACCUCCCUCGAAAGCCCAACAUCCACCUCCUGUGGGCAGCAUUUGAGGAGAAACAAGGAGAGGUGGAGGAAGCACGGCGCAUCUUGAAGUCUUUUGAGGACUGUGUGCCUGGCUUGGCCAUGGUGCGCUUGCGGCGGGUGAGUCUGGAGCGCCGGCUGGGGAACAUGGACGUGGCUGAGACACUCCUGAUGGAAGCCAUCCGGGACAAUGAGGGGAUGCCGGUUUCUUCAUUUUAUUCUGUCAAACUAGCCCGAUUGGUUUUGAAAGUGCAGAAGAACCUAUCCAAAGCCCGGAAGAUACUCUUAGAUGCAUUGGAGAAGGAUCCGGACAAUGCCAAGCUCUACGCCAAUCUAUUAGAAAUGGAGUUCAGUGCGGAAGUCCGUCAGAACGAGGGCAACACCAUGAGUAGCUUUGACCGAGCCCUGAUGAGCGGCCUCCCACUAGAGACCAAAAUUAUCUUCUCUCAGCGGAGGGUGGAGUUUCUUGAGGACUUUGGGUCUAGCAUCAACAGCUUACUGACAUCAUAUGAUGAGCAUCAGAAACUCUUGAACCAACAAGUGAUGAGGAAGAGGCUCCUAGAGAAUGGUGCUGAUGAGGCAGAAGAGAAAAGGCUGAGACUUGAGGAUGCUGCUGCUGCUGCUGCUGCAGGAGGUGGCAGUCUCACAGUUGCAACAGGCAUCACCCCCUUGAUGGCUGCAGAUGUGAGCAACAGUGCAACAGGCGCUUAUAACUAUAACACCUGGUACCAGAACUAUAGUAGCUAUGGGUACCAGAACACAUGGAACUACAAUCAGUAUUACCAACAGACCUGAAACAUGAGUGGCAUGAGAUAGCCACAGCAUCUGUGUGACUGAGUGGCCGCUGCAGCUGCUUGACCUGCACAUAGAAGCAAAAUGAAGUUUGGCCAUGAGCUGUAGCCUUCCUCUCUCUGGCAGCUGUAGAGAAACUGAACUGCCCCCAUCUGAAAAAUGGCUCCCACCUUCUUGCUAUGCAUUGAGCUGCCCCACCAUCUAUUACCAGCCACAAUUUUGUGAAUUUCCAAGAUUCAAGGGAAUGUUUUAUCACCAGCUGAUCAGGUGUGGAGGAUUUGAAAUUACUCAUUCCAUAUGUAGGAGUUGUUGUUCAGCACACAAGGGAGGUUGCCACAAUUCUCCUUGGAAACCAUUUUGAGGAUGGAGUGACCAAGGACUAUGCCUGCCUGCCAUGGGAUUCUCUUAGCAGACUUCAUGGGGCAAUAUUAGUGUCUAUUAAAUUGAGUCCUCUGAACUGGUACCUUUUUUAAAAAAAACAAAAACAAAACUUUUUCUCCUGUACAUUUCAUGUGUUGUCAUUGUAAAUAAACAGGAAUUCAUUAU